AUGUUCAGGAUUUUCCAACGCAAUGAAGCCCCAUCAUACACGUUGGUCAAGAGUCCCGACGAGGACGAAGAAAACCAGCCCAGUCCGGGUUCUUCUCAAGUCCUGCAAAGAGACCAUCCAUGGGCUGCCGUGGGGAUCCUAGUGGCAAGCGGAAUCUUGCUCUUUCUCUCAAUCUCGCGGUACGCAUAUUACAGGACAAGUUACCUCACAGACACAGUUUGCACGCGUGAGACAUCAGCCCCAAGUCCAGCAUUGGAAGCUGUAAACUUGUACUGGACUACGUUCCGUGACGACUUUGAGCCAGACAUUUACAGCGGCUACCCAAAUGCAGCCUCAGAGAAAGCAUGGGCUGAAUUAUGGGACUUCGGGGCUUUUGCUGUACCUGUGAGCAUGCUGCCUGGGCUGAACAAGUCAUCAGUCAACGGCGAGUUCCGAACAAUUAACGAUGGCUCAAGUAACCUCGUUCGCCAAUUUAUCUAUCGGGAGCACUGGGAUUACAGCCAAAUCCCGUCUUUCAGCGGUGGCGAAAAAACGCGGCGGCAUCAUGUAGACCACUGCAUCGAGACACUGAGAACUGUGUUCAUGUGCCAAAGUGAUGUUUCUCCCGUCUUUUUUGAGAAAGUCAAGAUAGGCUCUCAAGACAAAAUGGUACCAAGCAGCUUGCCUAAGAAGUGCCGGGUGUACUCGGAUUUGGUCAGUUGGGUCAGAGAUCACUCAGUGUUUGAUACAGUUGAAUAA